UCGUACGUAGGUUCGAAGGCAAGUCCCUCCUUUACGUAGGCACGCACGGCCCACCGGCGGGCGGGAGGGGAACGGCGAGGUCAGCGGCGCCCCGCCCAGUCGGCAAGGUUGCGCGUGCCCAGGGCGACCGCCAAGAUGGUGGUGGGCGCGUUCCCCAUGGCGAAGCUGUUCUACCUGGGCAUCCGGCAGGUCAGCAAGCCGCUGGCCAACCGCAUCAAGGAGGCCGCCCGCCGCAGCGAGUUCUUCAAGACCUACAUCUGCCUGCCCCCAGCCCAGCUGUACCACUGGGUGGAGAUGCGGACCAAGAUGCGCAUCAUGGGCUUCCGGGGCACAGCCAUCAAGCCGCUGAAUGAGGAGGCAGCGGCAGAGCUGGGUGCUGAGCUGCUGGGCGAGGCCACCAUCUUCAUUGUGGGCGGAGGCUGCCUGGUCCUGGAGUACUGGCGCCACCAGACUCAGCAGCGUAACAAGGAGGAGGAGCAGAGGGCAGCCUGGAACGCGCUGCAGGACGAGGUGGGCCGCCUGGCGCUGGCCCUGGAGACACUACAGGCUCAAGCACAGGCCACGCCCUCUCUGAGUGCUCUGGAGGAGCUGCGUGCUGAGCUGCAGGAGAUGCGUGCUCAAGUCUGCAACGCGCACUCGGCUCCCAAGUGCCAGGCAGCGUCUUCCAAGAAAUAGCCUGCUGCUGAGGCUUGGACUUGUAUGUGGCCAUGAGGCCCGCAACAAGGCUUUCUCCCCACACCACCUGGCCUGGCCUGGCCUGGCCUGCCCUGGCCCAGCAGAAGCCACCAGAACCUUAAUGGAACUGUGACGUGUGGUCAUCCUUACUGAUAGAAUCCGGGCAUUUCUCCCAGGGAGCACCGCAGCAAAAGUGUUCAGAGCCCCAGCUCCUGACUCGGAGCGCUCAGCCCCAACAAGGAACCACGUUGGACUUGCAAGGUCUUGCCAACCUGACUCCCCACUGCUCUGGCAAAGGCACAUUGGAAGCAGGGCUCAAGCCUAACCGGGACCUGCUCAGACAAGGUCAGCUGCCCGCCCGCCUUCUUCCUUUGGUGGGUGCAGGCCUCAGUGAAGCCUCCUGCAGUUGAUGUGCCCAUCCCCCAUCCCCAUUCUUUCCUCUGAGAUCCCCUCACCCCCCGGCCUGUGGUGUUACCCCCUAGUCCCUUCCUUGGUACCGACAGAUCCUGCCUGGCCCUCAGCUAGCCUGCCUCAGUCGCAGCCCUGUCCUGGGGUCCUUGGACCUUGUUUCCAUAUUUCUUCCUGUCUUUCUUCAGUGGUAUUUCUCAGGCCAGUGGGUUAGCUGUCACCCACGCAUCUGUCCACGUCUCCCCUCUCCUGGAGCCCUGGGUCCCCCACCGUUUGUGUUGGUCUUGCUGUCUGCCCGCUCCCCGAGUGACCUGUUACUAGGAACGUGUGCGGGACAGAGUGACCUGUUCUCCAAUUCUGGAAGCCGACAGCAAAGGCCAGGGUAUUGGGGGGAGGGGUCUCACUCCUCCUUCUGGCUUCAGGGGCUCCAAGUCUUCUGGACUGGCUUGUCUUCUUGAGGCCUUCUCUUCCUCUCUCUCUCUCAGUCUGGGUGACCACAUUGAAAGGUCCUUAAUUACACCUCUGAAGACCCUUUUCUGAAUGGGGACACGCUGACAGGGUUAGGACAUGGGUUUAUCUUUGGAGGCCCUGGUUCAGCUUGUUCCCUCGACCAUCCUGAGCGCCGAGGCCCCGCUGUGCUGCUCGGCCUUGGGCAGCCUCCACUUGGCUGCUGGGGUUGGGCACUACAGCUCCAGAAGGGCCGGGCUGCCCAGUCACUGCCAUGGCUGUAGGCGGCAUCUCAAGGAUAUAGGAGUGGCAUAAUUAAUAUGACCUCCAGACUGGGCCAGUGUUCACUAGUAAUAGAGAAUGUGGUGGCUCCCAUCUGGAAUCCCAGCUCUCAGACCCUGAGUCCACAGAGUGAGACCCUGUCUC